CCUCAGUUGAAUAGAUUACGAAACACCUUCCGAUCAGUUCCGUCUGCUGUACCUAGUUACCACAUUCUCCCUAGCCAAGGGAUACCGAGACGAUACCUAAAGCAUCAGCUGCAUACUCCCAAGGAGCAAACCAACGAAUCAACUACUAGUUGGGAGGUGAAAGCAACCAACCAUCUUCUUUCACAAUGGAUUCAGCGCAGCUCUCGCAAUUAAGCCGGAGCCUGAGAUCUCUCCCUAUACCCACUACGACCGAUGAUCUCGAGGAGACGUUGAAGAAGCUGCAAGACCUCGCCGAAGUGGUCACGCAGGGCAAUAGUCUAGCAUUAUUCACCGGGCUGAAGCUUGUCGCGCUACCCACCCGAGAUCCGGAAACCCUGGCCAAGGAACAGAUGUCACCCAACGAGAUCCUCCUCUAUGAGGCAUGGAAGGCAAGGAAAACAAAUCCCAACGUCGAAGGAAGCCUGCUCCCGAGCUUCGACUGGAUCGCGAAUGUGGCGCCGGUCCCUCAAGGCACGCAUAGUCUAAAGAAGCUCACGAAGCGGGCGGCGGCCAUGGAUGUGGUCUUUGAUCAUCAGGGCGCUACGCCGGAGAACGCUGCAUGGCUGACCUCGCGUAUGCCGGCAACAUUGCCCCUGGUGAAGGCGGUAGCCAGGAUCUCCCAUUGCAAGCAGAGCCUCGAGCAGCAGAGACAGGCGCACUUUCGCGGACUGACCGACAUGGAGGCCGCGGAGGUUGAGACCAUCCGCAAGAUUGUGGCCGUGGCAGAGGCCAACACAAAUCGCGAGCUGGAAAGGAUGCGCCGAUUGGCUCGGUCGAUCAAAGAGUCUGCGUCGAUCAUCAAGUCCCGCGCAGAGGCUCUUCAGGAAUCUCGAGACCCUGUCUCAGCUUUACGUGGAGAAGACUGAAUGAGUCUGCUCUCGAGAGAUCAUGAUGAAUUAUGAAUUAUAAAGGAGAGGAGCAGACGCGGGUAGUCGGGAGAGUUUUGAUAAGGGCUUGAUAAGGUGAAAGGGAGAAACAUCGAUAGAGAUCAGUGGGUGGACACGUCAAAUCGAGACUCGUACUCCGUAAGUAGCUAUCAUCAGGGGAAUGGCAAGAAUCAGUGCAGUACAUAUUGAGUCUACAGGACGAUACACAUCCAAUGCCCUCGAAUCGAUGUUUUGGCCAAUGACGCAAGGCUCAAACCACUCAUACAGAGUCGACCAACCCCAAGCCUCGCGUUG